UAGAGGUUGGGGGUGGUGUGUGGUAUGUGUGUAUUUACUCUGCAGAUUGUUAGUCCCGUCUGUCCCAUUAUCAGAGCAAAAAGGUGACCAGAAAACUAGAAGAGAGACUGGGGCUUCAUUUAAGGGAGGAUUUGGGCUUAAGUUUUGUUGUGGCAAAGGAGACAGGGUUAAUUUGUGUUUUGAGAGAAUAUCUGUGAUGGCAGAAGGUGACCUGAAGAAGGGAUUUGAAGGCUUUGAUUUUACAUCCCUGUUUCAUUUGGAUUGGUAGGAAUUACUGGGUAUUGUUCUUGAAUUUUGGUUUUCUACAAGUUUCUUAUUAAGGCUACUUCCACAGGUCAUUACUUUGGGAAACUGAGCUCAGAGACAACUUGAAGCAAACAUUCCAACUCUGUGAACUUCAGUUUGGGCAUAAAUUCCAGGUUUGCUCCCUUACAUUAAAGAGAAAAUGCUGCUAUCAGUGACUUCCAGGCCUGGGAUUUCGACUUUUGGCUAUAACAAGAACAACAAGAAGCCCUAUGUGUCAUUGUCUCAGCAGAUGGCACCACCUAGUCCAAGCAACAGUACCCCGAACAGCAGCAGUGGGAGCAAUGGAAAUGACCAGUUGAGCAAAACCAACCUCUAUAUCCGGGGAUUGCAACCAGGCACUACUGACCAGGAUCUUGUCAAAUUGUGCCAGUCAUAUGGCAAGAUUGUCUCCACUAAGGCCAUCCUGGACAAGAGCACGAACAAAUGCAAAGGCUAUGGCUUUGUGGACUUCGACAGUCCUUCAGCCGCACAGAAAGCUGUCACGGCACUGAAGGCCAGUGGUGUGCAGGCACAGAUGGCAAAGCAACAGGAACAGGACCCCACAAAUUUAUACAUAUCAAACCUUCCACUCUCCAUGGAUGAGCAAGAACUAGAGGGGAUGCUGAAGCCUUUUGGCCAGGUUAUCUCCACUCGAAUCCUCCGAGACACCAGUGGGACCAGCAGAGGUGUUGGCUUUGCAAGGAUGGAGUCCACAGAGAAGUGUGAAGCCAUCAUCACCCACUUUAAUGGAAAAUAUAUUAAGACACCUGCUGGAGUACCAGCCCCAUCUGAUCCCUUGCUUUGCAAAUUUGCUGAUGGUGGUCCAAAGAAACGACAGAACCAAGGGAAAUAUAUGCAAAAUGGACGGGCCUGGCCAAGGAAUGGAGAUUUGGGUGGUAUGGCCUUGACCUAUGACCCCACCACAGCUCUUCAGAAUGGGUUUUACCCGGCUCCUUAUAACAUCACCCCCAACAGGAUGCUUGCUCAGUCUGCACUCUCCCCGUACCUUCCAUCUCCUGUGUCUUCCUAUCAGAGAGUAACUCAGACAUCUCCUCUACAAGUACCUAACCCGUCUUGGAUGCACCACCAGUCAUACCUCAUGCAGCCUUCAGGUUCUGUUCUGCCGCCAGGGUUGGAUCACCCCAUUUCUCUCCAGCCUGCCUCCAUGAUGGGACCUCUUACCCAGCAACUGGGGCACCUCUCGCUCAGCAGCACGGGCACGUACGUGCCGGCGGCCGCCCCGGUGCCAGGAGCUUACAUCGCCCCGUACACCCCUGUGCCUUCCGCCGGUGUUGCAGCCGAGGAGAGCGGCGGCCAGCAGACUCAGGUGCCAGUGGAGGCGCCCUCAGACCACGGACUCUACUCCUUCCAGUUCAACAAGUAGCAGCGUGGUCUGGAAGCGAACCCGCAUUGUCUCUGAGGUGUGCCUGGACACCUGAAUUAUUGGAGAGGCUGAUGCUCCCGAACUCCAGAGGGCUGAUGGGAUACAGACGCAGCGUGGGCCCUGCUAAGGACUAACACUUGGGCAGCGCUUUCACAGGCCUGGGCCUGGAGAAAAGAAAUCUCUGCACUCCUGCCCUCUGCUUCUUCCUCCAUUCCUGGGAGUGCCUGGGAGAACUGUCACUUUUUGUGUGUGCUGCAUUCAAGGAGAUCAAAAGAACUUUUUUUUCUUUCUUUUGCAAAGAAAGUUUUAUAUUUUGUUUUUAACUGCAAUAUACUCUUUCCAUAUCCCAAAGAGACAUAGUGCCUUGAGCUUCUUCUCAUCUUUAUGAAAAACAGUUUUUUGAUGUGUUGGACUUAUCUGGGAGGCUUUAAAAAAUUUUUGUUAUUUCUUUAAAAAAAAGGAGGGGGGAAGUGCAGUGAUAGAACAUUGAUGAAGGAGUCCUACGGUGGGCCCUUAUGUGGAGUUUAGUUAUGGGCUGAUUUUGGUGUGUGUGUGCGUAGGAGAAUAUACAGACUACGAAUUUUGUUUUAUAAAGCUCUUAGCUCACACAUCCCAUCUCUUCUUCACACAUUUUAUGCCUUCUUUCUCUCAUCCAGACUGUUCUUUUUCUCUUUUUUAUACGGCAGAGCCUGCCGACUUUGCCUUUUUUACAGUUUUUAAUUUUGUGAAUUUCUUUUUUGAAUGAAAUUUUCUAGGGACUUUUUUGGGGGCUGGGCAAGGAGUAGGUAGAACACUAUGCAGACAAUGGAAGUGGCUUUUCCUCCCUCUGCCUUGCCACAUCCUGGGAGAAAAGACCAGACUUUUGCCUUCAGGAAGCAGAGAUGUGACGUAGGCUCAUUAAGAGACACUCCCACAGUCUUUGGAAGCCAUCCUUGAGUCAAAUUUAGAUGAAGCCUAGGUCUUCCCUGGCAAGUUCCAGAAGGGUGGGCUUUUGACUUCUAAUUCUUCUCACCACUGAGGCCAGCGCUGUCUGAGGGGAAGUGUCUUCUCCAGCGACAGGUUUUCAGGAGUCCCUGCUCCCCUGUUUCCUUGGAGGGUCUCCUUUUCUGUCCUGGAUCCCAGGGCCCCUGUUUUCCCUGUCUCACAUUGCGGUGCUCAGAGCAGCCUUUGCAGUUAUGACCGUGCCGAAUUCACUUCGGUUCUUUCCCCACUGUGGAAGAUCAGCUGCUUCCUCUGGGCCAGUGGUUCUCAGGAAGGUGGUUUUGUCCCCUAGAGGCCACUUGGAAAUCUCUAGAGACAUUUUCGAUGGCCUUGCUUGGGGGUGAGGGCUGUGUGCUACCGGCAUCUAGUGGCUGGAGCAGCAGGGAUGCUGUUACACAUCCUGCAGGUGCACAGAACAGCCCCAGCUCCCCGCCCCCGAAAGAAUUAUUUGGCUCCAAAUGGUGGUGCCAAGGUUGCGAAACCUUGAUGUAGACAGUGUUGUUACUGCCUCCGGUGCCAGAGGACUUGGUAAAUUCCCACCCUAACCCUGGACAUGCAGUGCCUUUUGGUACUCAGUGUAACUGGCUGAGAGGGACAGAACUGGGGUCCUUGAAUUUUCCCCAGGCUUUGACCUUGGAUACCUCUGCAUACCGCGGCGAAUCGUCCUAGGAAGGCUUGUGCUGCUGUGUCCAUGCCCCGUGCGGGCGCGCGCGUGCGCACGCGUGCGCACACACACACAUUCAGCAGGAUCAAGGUGUGGGGACUGUUCUGCGUUGUGCGCCGUGCAGGGGUGGGGAGGGACAAAGCUCUCCGUAACUGUCCAGGGCAACCUGCUCUGCCCUGAUUUGUUUGGAUCCCUUUUCCAGGGACCCAGGACAUUAAAAAUAAUGUUCCUUCUUGUGGAAGGAUGACAGGGAGCUAGGAUGGAAAAGGGCAAUAAACCCCAUCUCAUUAUUUACAAAGUCAGCCAUCCUUAAGAGCCUGUAUUUCACUCUGGAAGGCCUCGUCCGCCCUGGCACUGUGCCCAUGGGGACAGGAGGAAGCCUUCGCCCCUCUCCGGGAAGUGAGAUCCCCCAGCUGUCCGCUCCCAGUCCCUCGUUCCCACACCGGCAGUCCUGCUCCCCUGCACUGCAAGGUCAGGUGCUUUUCACCCGACGGGCAGAAAGCCAAAGAGAGACAAUGGAGAAACCGGUGUCUGCUAGGGCAGCUGUCGGGAGAGGAAGGAGAGGAGACGGAGGGAAAAGCAGCUGAGGUAGCAGUUCUUGGACAGAGAGCUCGCAGCCAGCUUUCCCUCCCCGAAGUGAGAGUCCCCGCGCUCCCUGCCCCUAGGCUGCCCUUUUGUGCAGUCCUGGAGGCAGGGGAGGUGGCUACAGGUAGGGUGUCAGGUGUGAAGGACGGAAUUCCCACUCUUCAUUUCCUCAUGGCCACUUCCAACCUCAGGAAGGGCUUAUCCCUUGUAGAGCAGCCCCCCAUCCAGUCGCGUUCUAGAAGGGUGUGGCUGGGCAAGUAGCUCUUGUUUCUAAGUCUCCAACCCUGAGUCAAGGAAAGUAUACCAUAGAUUUCUUGUCAGUGGCCUUGAAGAAGAGAAAAAUCCAGAAUCCUGUUCCUUCGAUUGCUAGUUUGGAGGAGGCUUGCUGGGCAGGCGGUUUAGUGGAGUGGGGGCCUUUCCGGGAUGGAAACUUGUUCAUGUGACGGUUGCCUCUCCUUUGCGUCCCAGAACUUUUUUUUUUUUAAUUUUUUUUUUCCAGAACUCUUGAAUCUAUUGUCUGUUUUUUCUUUUUUUUCUUUUUUUUAAUGUUUAAAUGGCCAGGAUUUUGCUUUGUUUUACAUAAUGGAGUUACCUUUUGUGUGUUCUUCUCAUCUGACUCUCCCUAAGGGUUCUGUCGAGUGUUUCUGGUUUGGACAGGUUUGGGCAUGGGUAGGGAUGGGGAGCCUGAAGUUAUUUUUGUAGCAGUUAAUGGCGCUGUAGAAUUUUUUGGUUUUGGGUUACGCUCCUGUUUUUCCCCUAGUUGUUAGUUCAUGUCUAACAGUUGCUAAGGUGAGUGAUGAGUGGGGAAAGGGGAGAACGGAAUGAGGGACGCUUUUUCUCUCACGAAAUAGCCUGUUGGCGGCAGUAGUGCCCGGGGACGUGUAGGGGGCCUGGGGCUGGGCUCUUUAAACGCUGUGCUUAGCGUUUUCUCUGUCGUCUUCAUGGAGCCGCAUCACCUCUCACCCCCACACUCUUAAGAUACUUUGUGUUUUUCUGUUUCCGUGCUAAUAGAGUAUGUCUGAGUCCCUUCCUCAGAUGAUCGAAUCCUUUCUGAGGCUCAGAGCCUGCCUGUCCCGUCUCAGGUCAGUGUUCUUACUGUUCCCUUCACGCUCUGAGCUGAUGUUCAAACCCUAAGCUGAUUAGACUUUUUGGAGGAGGGUGUGGGUAGAGGGUAAGGAAGAUGUGGGAAUGAUGAUAAGGAGCGAUGUUAUUUUUUAAGACUGUUGUUAACCAAAGAAUUUGAAGAGCUGCCAAGACUCGGAAGCCUGGUGGCUCUGAAGAGGCAACGGCCCUUGGCAGGAACACGUAGGUAGGGGCGGUAGGAGGACAUUACACUCACUGAGGGUGAAGACUGGACUCGCUGCUCUACCCACUCUUCCCGGGUUGGGUCACCUCAGCCCGGCUCCAUUCCUCUUCCUUCCCUCACUUACUGAUCAGUGAGCUCCUUCACCCCGGUGGUGCCAGCGGCGCUCACUCCCUGCUCCUUCUGAGCUGACCUAAGUAUGGCCUGUUGCUUUGCCCCGAAAGGUACUUGAGAGGCCGAGCUGGAACGGGAUGCUGCAGGGAUCUGACAGUUUAGUCUUUGGGGGCGGGGACCAUUGCUGCUCCGUUGUGCACAUGCCCCACCUUCUGGGGGAGCAGUGGCACUGCACCUGUGAGCGCUAUUUUGACCUUAACCAGUGGCAAUAAACUUGGGUCCGUGAUCAGGUCUCCACUUGUCCGCAGAGAAGAAGGUGGGGGUUAUGCAAGCCGAGGUGUCAGGGCUAGGUGUUCAGCUUGUGCCUGCUCGCAGAGUCCUCCUUAAACCGACUACUCGAUUUCUGUGCUACCUGCAUUUUAGGUCCUUCCGAGCACGAGCAGAGCCCUCGUAUUUACUCACCUUUCAUUUCCCACUUUCUUUUUAAAGGAGGGUCUUCCUUCAGCCACCAAGGCCGGCCUGGGAGCUGUCACCCUUCUGAUCUUUGCUGACCGCAGUAGGGGUGCUCCCCACAUGACUGCUCGUGAGAAAGCUAGGUGACCUCCUGCCCAUUCCCAUUGCUCUUUCUCCCUGCCAUAGCUACUCCAACCAUAUACCAGAACUUCUUUGUCCUCGUGACACAUCUACCUCACAAUUUCACAGUUCAGCAAGGGCACAGGCACCUGGUUUACCUCCUUCCUUCCCUUCAUGAGCUGGGGGCUAGAAGGGGUUCAUGAUCAAACGCAGUUAACUUUUGGUAAUUUGUUUCUGGAGUGUCGUCUUUGGGAUUUUUUGCUCCUUACUCCCUCUAGAGUAGUGUGACCUCUUCAGUUUGGUCUCACUGUGGUAGGCCGGGGGUGGGCCAUGAAUGAUUGCCUAGGAUGUUAACUAAUGCUUGGGAGCCACCCGUAGGAACACCAUCAUAGGCGCCCGUCUCAGAACUUAAAGAUUAAAAGAGUUGGCCAGUGGCCACUGUGUAGCUGAGAGGUAAGCAAGUCCCGAAGAGGGAAGCUGGUGUCCCUGCACCUGAUGUUGUCUGAGGGUUCACCGAAACAAAACUUCCAACCUGGCGGGUUGGUAAGAUUUCCCAGCCUGAGUAAAGAAAGUUCUCAUGCCACUAUUGGUGUCCCUGUCCCAACACAUUGUUUUGGGUGGUGAGUGCUUUCUUGCAUGCACUUGUCAUCUUCACCAGUAAGUAAUUUAUACGCACACAUUUUGUACAUUUUUUAUCCAGAAGCUUCUAGUUUUAUACUCUUUUCAUGUUUAUGCCAGUGCUAUCUACCCUUCUAGUUUAUUCUUCCUUUUUGACCCUAGUAUUUUCAUGUUCCUUCCCUACAACUUGGUAUAGCUCCAUUUUGUCUUAUUUCAACUUUUGUUUUGAAAUAAAACACAAAAGUCUA